AUGGUCAGUGAGCGGGGUAUAGAGGUUGACCCAGAUAAGAUCAAAGUCAUACUUGACAUGCUUGUGCCGAGGACUGAGAAAGAGAUCAGGGAGUUUGAUAUUCACUAUGUUUCUCAGAAGUCUAUUAAGGGAAGCAUUGUUGCCGAUCAUUUAGCCUCAUUACCUACAUCUGAGGGUAGACCAGUUGAUGAUGAUUUUCCAGAUAAGGAGUUCAUUGCCAUGACUAGCUUAUCAGAUCGACAUCCUGCCACGAACAACAUAGUUGAGUGUGAAGCUUGUAUCCUUGGUCUAGAGAUUGCAUUGGAGCUUGGCAUUAGACAGAUGGAGGUUGGGAGGUUUGAUGACUUGAGAUACACUUGUCUACCUAAAGCGCAAAACCAGUUUGUUGAUGCCUUAACUACCUUAGCUUCUUCCGUGGACAUUUCGACUAAUGUGGUUAUACGUCCAUUGCUGAUUGAGUCGAGGUUUGCACCUGCUUAUUGUUGUCUGAUUGGAGAGACGGAGGCCCAGGAUGAUCUAUCUUGGUAUUAUGAUAUUUAUCAGCUUCUUAGAUCUCGCACAUACCCAGAGGCUACCACAGCCAAGGAUCGGAGGGCAUUGAGGCAGUUGGCCACUAGAUUUAUGAUUUGUGGAGAGACUUUAUAUAGGCGAUCAGCCAAUGUUGCUGAGGCAGGAAUUCCAGCGUCAGGUUGCAUUUUGUUGUACAUUGGAGGUGCAUUUAUUCCAGCAAAUUGUCUUGAGUCAAAAUUGUUGGAAAAAGAAUUAGCACGGUAUGGAGAAGCUACCCCAGCUAUAUUUGGUUUAGCAGUAGAGCCACCAGUGGGUGAACUAUUGCCAAAAGAUUGA